UUUCUCUAAUUGUAGACUUGGAUUACUUAGAACUAUAUUUAGAACAUAGAUAAUUAGUUAAGCCUAGAUAUAAACGUUAAUGAGGACAUUCAGUGUAAUUUUAUUUUCGUUUCUUUUUGUAAAUGUUUAAUUUGUGUUGUUAAGGUUUUUAAUUUGUUGUAAAGAUUAACAAAGCCAUUUGUUUAAAAGAGCAUUGUGGGUUUACGUAGAUUGAAAGUAUUAGGACGGCAUAAUGUAUCAGUGCUUCUUAGAUAUCGCCUUCGAGGCCGAACUAAACACAAAAGAAGACCCAGAAUUGAUGGAGAUUGCCUACGAACAAUGUAAAGAGAAUGUGGCUACCAGGGCAACAGCUAUCACAGAGUUAAGAACAAUGAUAUUUGAGAGAGGCGAGUGUCAGCCGUUGAGAACAGAUGAUGAAUUCCUGCUUAGAUUUCUGCGAGUCCGAAACUUUACCGUGCCGAGAGCACACAAAUUGUUGGUCCGGUACUGCAAGUUUCGGGAAGACCACAAGCAUUUGUACCAGGGAGUUGACCUCUGGGGCCUGACCAAAGUGAAGGACGCAUACGAGGGCACCAUGCUCGACCGACCAGAUGUUGGACGAAUAUCAAUUUUCCGUUUUGGCCGCUGGGAUCCUAGUGAGUUCCCCGUUGAAGAACUAGUCCGGGCCGGCAUGGCGAUGGCGGAGAUCGGGGUCCGCCAGCCCAAGCUGCAGAUCCUCGGGGGCUGUGUUAUAGUCGACCUGGAAGGCAUAACGCUGAGGCACGUCGCUACCCUCACUCCGGCAGUCGCAUACCAAAUUGUCAAUCUAAUGGGGGUGUCAAUGCCGUGUCGCCUCCGAAGCGUCCACAUCAUCAACUACUCCUGGAUUCUGAACACCUUCUUCUAUCUCUUUAAGAGGUUCAUCCCCGCAGCGGCUUAUGACAACAUUCACUUCCACGGCAACGAUGUGAAGUCCCUUCAACAGCACAUAGACCCCGAGUGUCUACCCCCGCAGUACGGCGGCACCUGCAGGUGUCAUACUUCCAUAGGAAUAUGGUUUAAGAAACUUAGGCAGUACAGGGAUGAAGAGUUUGAUAGGGAAAUGAAAAACUUGGGGUACAUUGUUAAAGAGUGAUUUAUUUAAGGAGAUUUAAGGAGCAACGGACUAUCUGACCUCGAUGUUUAAAUGAUCAUAAGGUAAGACUAAUGGUGUGAUUAAGAUAAAGAAACAAAAUGUGAUCAUCGUGAUAUGGACCGGGAUAUAAUAAAGUCUUCAAGUGAUUAUAGACUUAGAUUAGUAAAUAUUUGCCAGUUCCGGUAGCUGUCUAAAGCAUCUAACAAUUAUUCGAAUAGUCAUAGGCUUAAAAUCGGAACAGGUGCAAAAAGUUUAGCUACCUUAUGUCAAAAGGCAACAAAAUUAGGUGGACAUUGUUUUUCACGUUAACCCCAAAUGAAAUUGAUUAACAUAUCGCAUUUCAAGAUGGAAAGAAUUGCACUAAAUUAAUCCCGUUCUAUUGAGGUCACUACCUAUUUAAUUCCUCAGUCCAUUCAAUAAUACUCUUGUUGGGGUUUAAUUAAUCUUACAAUGGAAAUGAAUGGCCGGUAUUAUUUUCAUUUCAUUUCGCUUUUCAAAGGUUUAAUUCCGGUAGAAGGCUUACAUGGGACAUGGGUUGGACCGCAAAGCUCUUUCACCAACAUAUUAUUAUGCUUAAUUAAAACUGUUCUAUAUUUACUUAAAAUGGAAAUUCGUGGAAAUAUUUCGAGUACUGGUUCUUUACAUAGAAAUUGAUGAGUAUAUUGAAUGCUUAGAAAAAAAUGGAAACACAUGUCGUCCAAACAAAAGUAAUAAUUAGGUAUGAAGUCCGGAAAGAUAUUUUGGCAGGCCCUAUUUACCUAUUUGGGCGAAUUCGAUCAUUUCUCUGAGCAAAAACAGUGUUUAUGCAUUCCGGUAGGUACUCCAUUUAAAAAAAAUCUGAAAUCAAUACAAUGCCCCAUAUUGUAUCAACAAGUGCACGUAACAUGUGUAAGUUAAAUUUACAAUUUGUAUCCUUAAGUCAAAGCAGUUAGGUUGAUUUUCUUUAUUAAUUUGUCAUUACCACGUGUCGGCUGUACUAAGAGUUCCUGAUGUGAUAUAGAUAUUUAGUUAGGUUAGGUUUUAUAAUCCAUGACGAUGGCAGGUGGUACUCAAAGUACAAUUCUGCAUUGUUAAUUCGACAGGAUAACUAUAUGCUGUCCGCGUUAGGAUAAACCUUCUGACAGGUCGUAAAUUUGACCAUAAAAAGGGCUUUUACGUUACUAAUUCGAUUAAAAGGCAAAUCCAAUUUAUUCUUGAAAUAAUUCAGCUACUAAAAUGGCAUUUUACGUGUUAAACGUUGUACGAAAGCUGUCAAAAGGUUGAGCUAAGAACGGAUAUAAUAAAAUCUUGAAUUAUUAAUAUGUUUAAAUAAGGUUUACGAUUAAUUAACUAAUGAAUUUACGGCAUAUUUUGUACAAUUUUCGGCUUUUUAUAGCAAUUUUAACCUUAUGACGAUCUAUUAUAAGAAAUUUAAAAUACAUUGUUGUGUAAAAGGCGUGCCUUUAUAAUUAAACAAAAAAUAAUUAAGCAAAUAAAAUAUUUUAUUUUAAGUCCCAGCAAAGUGCCUAAGGUAAUUGAGAUUACGAAGAAAAAUAAAUGCUUGUUUUGAAUAUUUAACGUAUAUGUGUUUGCCGCUAAAUCUCACCUACAAAAUAAAUAUUUUUAAAUUCAAAAUGAUUGUAAAUUAUAAGUCAAAGAUGUAUCAUUUUUUUACAGAUUGGAAUAAAUGUAUAAUUUUAA